AUGUCUUUGCCAUUCGGGGCUACCAUGUUCACUCCUUUGGAGAGCUCUCUGGGCGGUUUGAUGAUCGGCGCCUCGGCGUCCUUGGCCUACCUCGUGGACGGCCGCAUCACUGGCAUCAGCGGCAUCAUGGGUCCAUUUCUGCGGGGUGUCGGCCAGUGCGAACCGAUGAAGGAUGGACAGCUUUGGAAACUCUUCUUCUUGACAGGCUUGCUGCUGGGUGGCCUGGUGAACUUGGCGAAUUGGGAGUUCUCCUACCCACCCGCCCCGCCUUUGCAUGCUGCUCGCUAUUUGCUGGCAGGCAUCUCUGUGGGCAUCGGCACACGCAUUGGGAAGGGUUGCACCAGUGGUCAUGGCAUUUGCGGACUGCCACGCUUCUCGUUGAGAAGUUGGAUCUCUGUGCCCACCUUCAUGGCAGUGGCUGCUGCCACAGUGGCCAUCACUCGACAUGCCUUGAAGUCCGACGGCGAGUACAGCCCGCAGAUUGCUGAGGUGCAGUGGCCACCCAGGUGGGAAUAUCCUUUGGCAACGUUCUUGGGCAGCCUGGUCUUGAUCGCCCUUUGCGUGCUCGUGCCAGACCGCUACAGAAUAUACCUCUCGCCCUUCUCCUCUGGCCUCAUUUUCGCCUUCGGUUUGGGCGUGUCUGGCAUGACCAACCCCAGCAAGGUGAUGAACUUCUUGGACUUCGGAGGCUACUGGGAUCCUUCCUUGGCCUUCGUCAUGGGCUGUGGCAUUUGCGUCAGUGGUCCUGCGUUCAUCCUCGCCGAGCAACUGGGCAAGGUCACGAAGCCCUUGAUUGAGGGCUGCAAGUUCGAGAACCCGCCGAAGAAGGGGAACUAUGUGCCCCUGGUGAUCGGUGCCAGCUUCUUCGGGCUGGGCUGGGGUCUUUGCGGCCUUUGCCCAGGCCCAGCGCUGGCCGCACUCAUCCCGAAGAUUGUGACGGGCGUUUGGCACAGCUGGGAGCCCGACUUCGGCAUGGCGGCCGCUGCGCUACUGAUCGCCAUCACAUGGCUGGUCACUGACCGAGUAGUGGUGUACCUGACUACUGUGACUCAGAAGCAGGGCGAGGCCUCUGCGGAGACUGAGAAGCAGAUUUCAGGGACCGUCUAG